AGAUAUGUAAACUUUUCUAUAUAUAAAUUUAUAUUAAAAAAUCUAAGAUAAAAUAAAAGAAUUAUCAGCCACAUGAUUUGUUGCCACACCGCACCAUGAUUAAAGUUAUAUAAAGAGAUACCAAGACAGAUUCAAAGUGAAAGAAAGUCCCAAAAACAAAAAACCAAUUUAAAAAAACACAAACCCAUUCGUGCGUCUGGCUAAUUAAGUUAAAACAGUAAUGGACACUUCUUCUUCACUUUUGCUCUUCUCCUUCUUCUUCUUUAUCAUCAUCGUCAUCUUCAACAAGAUCAACGGUCUCAGAUCAUCCCCAGCUACGAAAAAACUUAAAGAUUAUCAUGUUAUUUCUCACAGUCACGGACCAAAUAUUAUUUUUGUAAAUGUAAUAAAAAAAACAUAAGCUAUAUGCAAUACAAUUUGAAGAAAAAAAACAACCACAUCUAUUUUAUUGGACAAGCGACGAGUCAUGUAUGGGAGAGUCUUUAAGUCGCAUAUAUUUGGAACGGCGACGAUCGUAUCGACGGAUGCUGAAGUGAACAGAGCCGUUUUACAGAGCGACUCGACGGCUUUCGUGCCGUUUUACCCGAAAACGGUGAGGGAGCUAAUGGGAAAAUCGUCGAUACUUCUGAUCAACGGGAGUUUACAUAGAAGGUUCCAUGGACUAGUCGGUUCUUUCUUAAAGUCACCACUUCUCAAAGCUCAAAUCGUUAGAGACAUGCACAGGUUUUUGUCUGAAUCCAUGGAUCUAUGGUCCGAGGACCAACCAGUUCUCCUCCAAGACGUCUCCAAGACUGUUGCAUUCAAAGUACUUGCCAAGGCAUUGAUAAGUGUAGAGAAAGGAGAAGAGUUAGAAGAGUUAAAGAAAGAGUUUGAAAAUUUCAUAUCAGGACUCAUGUCAUUACCAAUUAACUUCCCUGGAACCCAACUUCAUAGAUCUCUCCAAGCUAAGAAGAAUAUGGUGAAGCAAGUUGAAAGAAUCAUAGAAGGCAAAAUUAGGAGUGCAAAGAACAAAGAAGAAGAUGGUACUGUGAUUGCUAAGGAUGUUGUGGAUGUGUUGCUUAAGGACUCAAGUGAAUAUUUAACUCACAAUUUGAUUGCUAACAAUAUGAUUGACAUGAUGAUCCCUGGCCACGAUUCUGUCCCCGUCCUCAUCACCCUCGCCGUCAAAUUCCUCUCUGAUUCUCCCGCUGCCCUCAAUCUCCUAACGGAAGAAAACAUGAAGCUGAAAAGUUUGAAGGAAUUGACAGGAGAGCCACUAUAUUGGAAUGACUAUUUGUCGUUACCUUUUACACAAAAGGUCAUUACAGAGACACUGAGAAUGGGAAAUGUUAUAAUUGGAGUGAUGAGAAAGGCGAUGAAAGAUGUUGAAAUAAAAGGAUAUGUGAUACCAAAAGGAUGGUGCUUCUUGGCCUAUUUCAGAUCAGUCCAUCUUGAUAAACUUUACUACGACUCUCCCUACAAAUUUAAUCCCUGGAGAUGGCAAGAAAGGGACAUGAACACGAGUAGUUUCAGUCCUUUUGGAGGUGGUCAGAGAUUGUGCCCUGGUCUCGAUUUGGCUCGUCUUGAAGCUUCAAUCUUUCUUCACCACCUUGUCACUCGCUUCAGAUGGAUAGCAGAAGAAGAUACAAUCAUAAAUUUUCCAACGGUGCAUAUGAAGAACAAAUUACCCAUUUGGAUCAAAAGAAUAUAAAUCAUUUUUCUUAAGUGAAAAAUGGAGAAUCAAUUUUGCAUUAUCAAACUCAAAAAAAGGUUAAAGAAGUCACACGAGUGUUUUGAGAGUGGGAAGUGAAAAAGAUAGUGAGACAGAACAGAUAGGAAAAAAAAAAGACAACAUGAUGGAGUUGGGAGACAAAAAAGAAUUCACACGUGUGGAAGAUGAUAGCACACAUGCCAACUAUUUUGUCGUAUUCCUUCACAAGGCAAAUAAGAACAGAAUCACAAACCUUUUUUGUUGACCGUAUAAUUUCUCGUUUUCCCUUUUUUUUUUUUUUUUAAAUAGUACAAACUACAAAGGUGUAUGAUAUUAUAUAAAUGCAGGAUAUUCAGAAUCCUAAUUUUCACGAGUAUUUUUCCUCUC